CUGAUAGGCGCUCCAUUGAGGUCGCCUGCUCCUCAGGAUCCGCGUCGGGCGGCUCGGCGCUCGGCUGGCCGCGCCUGUCGCCCGCUUCCGCUGUCGCGUUGGCGCCGCGGGGCCCGGGGGGUCCGGGGGCGCCAUGACCAACGGUGGGAACGAGGGGUCAAGGGUUUACUCCCUGGACGGGCUCCUGGUGUUCGGGCUGCUGCUGGUUUGCACUUGUGCGUACCUGCGGAAGGUGCCCCGACUGCGCACCUGGCUCCUGUCCGAGCGCAGGGGGGUCUGGGGAGUCUGCCACAAGGCUGCUGUGAUUGGGACCCGCCUGCACGUGGCUGUGUCCAUGUCCUGUCUUCUCAUGGCCUUCUACGUCCUUGUGGGAAAGUGACCACAUGGGGACCUGCUGGUAACCUGAGAGAGACCUGAGACUGUCUAGAGAUCCUGUGACUGAUUCCAAAGACCCCAGUAUGGACCAGAGACCCUGGUACUGACCCCAGUGUCCCAGUGCCAACCAGAGACCCCAUUGCUGACCCUGGAGACCCUGGUAUUGAUCCUGGAGACCCUGGUACUGACCCUGAACCACCCCCGCUCUUGGCAGCAACCCAGAUCCUGCGUGUGGCAAGCCAGGGACCACCAUGGCCCAUCACCCUCCUUGAGCCCACCAAGGGCAGCUGUGAGGGUAACGGGGCACCUUUAGACUGUCGGAAAAGGAUUUCCUGUGAAUUCUGUAGAGAAGUGGGUGAAGGGACCCCCAAGACUGGGGGACCAGCUCUGCUCUGUAAGCCCCCUCUUUUGUGCUGAGCAGGGUGCUAGUGAGAUCAUGGCAGGCUCUGGGGGCCAGACAGGGUCCCCCCUGAUCCGUGGGAUCUUCCUGUCCCCCUGCAGCAUGGGGGGCCCUCAGGGGCGUCUCCUUCUGCAGUGGGGGCUUGCUGACCCCCCCGGGUUGUAAAUACUGGACCAUCACCUGCAAAUAAAGUGGGGGUUCCUCUGUGA